CCAGCAACAAGCGGCGCCACGUGACGCACCGGCGAUGGCUGCUCGGCGGGGAGGGAGACGGUGAGCAGCGCGGCUCAGGCGGCGCGGCGACACCGGCGGCAGCACGCUCGCUCAGGCACGCCAGAGGCGGCGGCGGCGGCCUCCUCCUCCUCCUCCUCCCUUGGUCUCGUUUACCCUCGCUGUCCCUGGAUCCUUCGGCUCCUUCACCGCCACCUUUCCUCUCUCUCUACACCCUGCCUUUUUAAAAAAAAUAUCCUCUUGCAGCCUCCUCUCCUCCUCCUCCUCAUCCUCACACGCCCAGCUUGCAGUCUCGAUGGAAGGUGCGAUCCUGCAACCCUCGGAGGUUCCGCUAUGUUCCUGAUUCGCCCCGCCGUUGAACUCCCACAUCCGGCCGGUCCUCCUCGCUCUCAGCCUCUCCCAUGGGCUCGCCAGUAUCCUUUGUUUUAUCCAGGAUGGCUGCUUGUGGAGGCACCACCAAAAAUAGACUUACCGUGAAUAAGCAUGUUUGGGACUUUCUGACCAAGGAAAGCCCGGCCAAGCUGGUGAAGCUGAAGGACGAGAAUAAAGUCAGCAUCUUGAUCGACGGUGAGACCUCUGAGAUUUACGUGUUGCAGAUCAUCAUGCCCGCCCACGGGCCCAGCAAUGGCCUCUACCUGGCCCGCAAGGCCCUGAAAGCUUUGCUCAAGGAGACCGAGAAGGAGCUGAAGAAGGCCCAGCGCCAGAGCGAGCUGAUGGGCUGCAUGGCCCUCAUGGAGAAGAACCGGGAGCACGGGGCAGUAGAGCUUCACCGCCGCGGGGCCGGGUUGAUAUCCAGAGGGCAGCAGACCUCGGGGCCAAGAGGUCUGGUCGGGGGCAGCAGCGGAGGAGUGGCGAGCUCCUCGCGGGGAGGGGGGGAGGAAGAGCAGGACAGCCAGUGCCCCAUCUGCCUGGGGGAGAUCCAGAACAUUAAGACUCUGGAGAAGUGCAAGCACUCCUUCUGUGAGGACUGUAUCACUCGGGCCCUGCAGGUCAAGAAAGCCUGCCCGAUGUGCGGGCGCUUCUAUGGGCAGCUGGUGGGCAACCAGCCAGAGAAUGGGCGCAUGCUGGUCUCCAAGGACUCGAGUCUGCUGCUUCCUGGUUAUGAGAAGUAUGGUACCAUCAUAAUCCAGUAUGUCUUCCCACCUGGCAUACAAGGAGUGGAACAUCCUAACCCUGGAGUCCGCUACCCAGGCACCACCCGUGUGGCCUACCUACCCGACUGCCCCGAAGGUAACAAGGUGCUGGCUCUGUUCCGCAAAGCCUUUGACCAACGGCUCACCUUCACCAUCGGCACCUCCAUGACUACAGGCCGAGCCAACGUCAUCACCUGGAAUGACAUCCACCACAAAACCAACUGCACUGGCGGGCCGCAGCUGUUUGGCUACCCUGAUCCUACGUAUCUCGCUCGAGUGCAAGAAGAGCUACGGGCCAAGGGGAUCACCAAUGACUGAUCUUGUUCCCUGCUCCCAUGUGCCCAGGAACAUGGAUGUUGUUUCUGCCAAGUCCAGCAACUAUGGAGGGGAAUUUCCAAGUCUGUCGGAGCCAACUGUUUCAAAAUGUGAUCUUGAUCCAGAGGGCGGAGCCUGGACGUCAGGCUCAGAUGACAUUUCAGACUAAAUCCGUUGCUUGAAGGACAGGAGAGCAGUGUGUGUGUGUGUGUGUGUGAGUGAGUGAGAGAGAGAGAGAG